AUGUUUCACUUUCGCGGCUACACCAAAUCCCAACGCGCCGGCAAGCUCAAGUCGUGGAUUUGGCGCUUUGGGUUUGACAUUGAGCAUCAAGACAACGGGGACAAUAGGCUGUGGUUCUUCGAGCUCGACGCAAACGACGGCAAAGAGCAGGCCUUGAUCAACACGCUCAAGAAUCACUUUGAUAAGAAUGUGUUCCAAUCACUCCUACUUGCUUGGAUCACCGAGUCAAAUGUUGCCUUUCGCGCCAUCGAAGCCCCUCGAUUCCGUUCUCUGCUCGACUAUCUCAAUCCUUCAAUUGGCCUGACCCAGUCACACAUGACUCACACGACCAUUCGGUCCAGGCUUUUCGAAGAGUAUCACCAAUACAAGGGCGUUGUGGUGAAGGAAUUGAAAGAGUGCCCCGGCCGUAUCCAUCUUGCGUUUGACGGCUGGAGAUCGCCCAAUCGGCACGCUGUGUACGGGAUUUCCCAUACUGGAGAGAACAUCGCUUCUCAGGUGGCAGAAGUCAUCACCUCGUUCGAGAUACAGGAUAAGAUUGGCUACUUCACGUUGGAUAACGCGGAGAACAACGACACCGCGAUGAGGGCCCUGGACGACGAGGUCUUCGAUUCAGAAGAUCGUACCAAUAUUCUCGACCUGGCUCAGCACAACCUUUGGCGAAAAAGGUCCGAUCGGCAACUCCACAAUCUCGUCCAUUGGAUUCAUCGAUCCGACAGGCUGACCUAUCUACUACGGAGCCUGCAGGAGAAGAAGGAUGGUACGAAAAGGCCGGUCGACGUUGUGACCGAUAACAUGACGCGCUGGCUGUCUCAUUACAAAAUGAUGGAUCGGGCUCUUCUCCUUCGCGAAUUUCUCGACGACCUUGUCGCGAUCGAACGCAAUUUCCGAGAUGUCCUGAGACAUUUUGCCAAUGCUCUCAAGGCACUUGAAGGAGACGCGCAAGUCCGUGUCCGCAAAGACGGGAAGCUCAUAGCCUAUGGAACCGCAUGGGAUAUCAUCCAGGCGUUCGAAUAUCUUCUGGAGAAGCUUGAAGAAGCCAAAACGAUGGCCAGAGACCUGCCGGAUUCUGGCCACUUCGCAAUCAACGUCGAAUUGGGUUGGAAAAAAUUGGAUAAGUACUACGCGAAACUCAUCGAGUGUCCGAUAUACUACUCGGCCAUCGCUCUGCAUCCUGCCUUGCGGUUACAGUGGUUCGAAGAAGCUUGGGCUCAUCGACCCGAAUGGGUCACGGAAGCCCGGCGGAUCGUCCGAGCCAUCUGGGAAAGUGACUAUAAGUCGCUGAACGUCGAGGAGGGUCCAGCCACUGCUGUGGAGGAUUUCCAGCCACCCGACGAUCUGGACGAUUUCCAAAAGUUUCGAAUGAGGCACAGGGUGCAAUCGAGCCAUAUCACGAAUGGUGAUUACCGGCUGCCGACGCGCCCUAUCGCCGACGAGUUGGAUCGUUGGACCUACUGGAAACUCAAAGAGGCGACAUAUCCGCGGCUGGCGCGGAUGGCUUUCGAUAUGCUAUCCGUCCCGCCCAUGUCUGCCGAGUGCGAAAGGGCGUUUUCAUUUGCUGGACUGAUGGUUACCCGGCUGCGCAGGAGACUUGAGGUGAAGACCAUCAGCGCCGCACAGUCCAUCCGGUCUUGGCUGAACGCGGGAUUAAUACACAACUACCAGGAGUCGUUGAUCCAUCGGUAG